AUGGCAGCCACACGAGAUGCAGUAUCAGAGAAACAGCUCGAUGAGGCCGUUGUACCCGGGUGGCAUCGCUAUGUGGUAGGAUUCUUGACAGCGUUGACUGCUUGGGAUUCAGCUGCUCUGUACGUGUUGCUGGCCAGUUGGCCGUACAAAUGCGAUGCCUCCCUGCACCUCAAGGUUUGGCUAUUCGGAUGGCUUGUGCUUGGUUGGCCUAGCAGCAUGAUCUUGGCGUCUGUAGGCCGAAGGACUUUCCGUGGUGCGAUCUGCAUCGAGUUGGCUUUGUGCGCCUUCGGGUUUGCCUGGUUGAUGUUUGGCAGCGUUGAAUGCUGGGAAGCGGAGGAUUGUGCCGAUCAGGCCCCACUUCUGUUCUGGUUCGUGUUCGUGACAACAAUACUGGUCUGGGCUACAAUUAUUCUGACGAUGUUCUGCCUCGUUGUCACAACAGUGCUGGUCGUGCUCCUGAAGUAG